GCAAUUUUUAUCAGCUAGAAAGCAAAAUCAAUUGAUAAGAAAUGAAAACAACAUUUAAUUCCGUUCGAUCCACGUCCGGUGUGAUCUGAAGUGUGCGAUAAAUAUAGUAACUACUAACAGUUAAUGUUGUAAUACGUAAACCUACUGCCAGCAGCAGGAAGUGCGCUUCGUGAAAAAGUGCAAAUUGCGUGCUGCAGUGAAAAUUUUUGACAACAGGAUUACCGUGCUAAAUCGAAGCAUAGUGACACAGACAGGAAAAGGACCUUGGCAGGUUGGUUGCUCCAAAUAUCCCGAGGGUAGCCUUUCUUCGGAGGGAUGAAUGUGGAAUUACGUGAUUUUGAAAUCAGUGACUCAGAGGCAGAAUUACUAAUCGCACCUUCCGGCAGCGGCCGAGUGAUAAGCCGAACAUACGGUGGACGUUCUUUGCGAAAUCGCAGAAGGGAACCGUUCAAGCUGGCGAACUUUCUGAAGACAUUGUGCUGCUGCUGGUGCUGGGCCUGGCGAAAAUGGUGUGCUUCCAAGGAGCUGAAACCGCGGACGAUCUUUAUCGGCCGCCCGUCGACGGAGAAAUUCCCGCCGAACGAAAUUCGCAACCAAAAAUACAACUUCUUCUCUUUCCUACCGUUGGUGCUGUUCGAACAGUUCCGGUUCUUCUUAAAUCUGUACUUCCUGAUCAUGGCUGUGAGUCAAUUUAUUCCGGAUAUUAGGAUUGGUUACCUCUAUACGUAUUGGGGUCCGCUAGGAUUUGUGCUUGCGGUUACGAUCAGUCGAGAAGCAAUCGACGACUUGCGACGGCACAAACGGGAUCGGGAAGUCAAUUCCCAGAAGUACAAACGAUUUAUCAGUGCUGACAAACCACCGGAACAGGUGUCAUCCUCGAAGCUGAAGGUUGGCGAUAUCAUCAUAGUGGAGAAGGAUGAACGCGUUCCGGCCGAUUUGAUACUGCUGCGAACUAGCGACAAAAGUGGCGCCGUUUUUGUACGAACGGAUAUGUUGGACGGUGAAACCGAUUGGAAGCUGCGUUUGGCAGUGCCGGCUACUCAAAAACUUCCUUCCCACAACGAUUUAUUCAACAUGGGUGCUUCGUUGUACGUUGAAAAACCCCAAAGAGACAUUCAUACUUUUAUUGGAACGUACUCCAAGCUUGAAGGGUCCGAAGACGAAGGUCUUACUGUGGAAAAUACUUUAUGGGCUAACACGGUGGUUGCAUCUGGAACGGCAGUGGGAAUCGUCAUCUACACAGGAGCAGAGACGCGGAGCGUAAUGAACAACUCGCAACCCCGUUCGAAAGUUGGUUUACUAGAUCUGGAAAUUAACGGAUUAACGAAAGUACUAUUCUGCGCCGUCAUUGGGCUGUCCUUUGCGAUGAUGUGUUUGAAAGGUUUCAACGGACCGUGGUAUCGAUACAUGUUCCGAUUCGUUCUGCUCUUUUCCUACAUCAUACCCAUUAGCUUGCGGGUUAAUUUGGACAUGGGAAAAGCAUUUUACUCUUGGCAGAUACAAAAUGACGAGGAAAUCCAAGGAACUGUGGUUCGUUCGACAACGAUCCCGGAGGAGCUUGGACGGAUAUCGUACUUGUUGACAGAUAAAACCGGAACCUUGACUCAAAAUGAAAUGAUCUUCAAAAAGAUCCACGUAGGAACGGCAGCUUACGGGCGAGACACAUUCUCGAUGGUAUCGGCAACAAUGCAAUCCGUAUAUAAUACGAUUUCAGUGCAAGGAGAUGCAUCGCCGGCUAAAAGUUCUAAAUAUCAACCACGGUUGAGAAAACCUGACGGUUGGCGUAUUUGGGAAUCCGUCAAAGCGCUUGCACUGUGCCACAAUGUGACUCCCGCCUAUGACAAUGGCAUUGGAGGCAAUGUGUUAAAUGGUUCAGAUCGACGGAACUCACCUUCUCGAUCGAUUUCAGUGGAAGCCCAAGAAUCGGUCAAGCUACCGGAGAAAACGUAUCAAGCUUCCAGUCCAGAUGAAAUUGCCCUAGUCAAGUGGACAGAAUCUGUAGGACUAACACUGGUCAAUCGUGAUCUAAACCAUAUGACACUUCAGGUUCGUGAAAAGGAAUCGCAACGCAUUUCGAUGAAUGAGAAUGCCUCAAUUAACACGACCGUCACCAACCUGUCGGUUAACUCAAAAACGGAUCUCAACUCACCUUCCAGUUCGGGAAGUGUCACCUCGCUGAAUUCUCUCGCCGGCGGUAUUAUGAAGUACCAAAUUCUUCAAACGUUCCCUUUCACCAGCGAGAACAAGCGAAUGGGUAUUAUUGUGAAGGAACUGAAUAGCGGAGAAAUCACAUUUUAUCUCAAAGGUGCCGAUGUUGUGAUGGCAGCGAUUGUUCAGUACAACGAUUGGCUUUCAGAGGAAAGCGGCAAUAUGGCACGAGAAGGUCUUCGUACAUUAGUCGUUGCCAAAAAGAUUCUUACCGAGGAGCAAUACAAUGAUUUCGAGACACGUUACAAUGCAGCCAAGGUCAGUGUCACUGAUCGCGUGACGAAGGUGUCCGCUGUAAUCGAAAGUUUAGAACGAGAAAUGGAAUUGCUUUGCUUGACCGGUGUAGAAGAUCGAUUACAGGAAAGAGUAAGACCUACGUUGGAAUUGCUACGUAAUGCUGGCAUCAAAAUUUGGAUGCUGACGGGAGACAAACUUGAGACGGCAACUUGCAUUGCCAAAAGUUCCCACCUAGUUGGAAGGAACCAGAAUAUUCACGUGCUAAAAAGUGUCCUCACUCGAACCGACGCCCAUUUGGAGUUGAAUCAAUUCCGGCGGAAGCAGGACUGCGCAUUGGUAGUUUCAGGCGAAAGUCUUGAAAUUUGCCUCCAAUACUAUCAACCAGAAUUCAUGGAACUGGCAACCGCGUGUCCAGCAGUGGUUUGCUGCCGGUGUAGUCCUACGCAGAAGGCCCAAGUUGUGUCACUAAUUCAAAAGUAUUCCGGAAAGCGAACGUGCGCUGUAGGUGAUGGAGGUAACGAUGUCAGUAUGAUCCAGCAAGCCGAUGCCGGUAUCGGUAUAGAAGGACGCGAGGGUAAGCAAGCUUCCCUGGCCGGAGAUUUCAGCAUACCGCAGUUUUCACACAUUGCCAAACUGUUGAUCGUGCACGGCCGGAGGUCGUACAAGCGAUCAGCCGCGCUAUCGCAGUUUGUCAUCCAUCGAGGCUUGAUUAUAUCAACCAUGCAAGCCGUCUUCUCGGCCGUAUUCUACCUAUCCUCUGUGGCCUUAUAUCAGGGAUUCCUGAUGGUCGGUUAUGCGACACUGUACACAAUGUUCCCGGUAUUUUCGCUCGUGUUGGAUCAGGACAUUAGCUCGAACAUAGCGCUCACUUAUCCCGAGCUGUACAAGGAACUGUCAAAGGGUAGGAGUUUGAGUUACAAAACGUUCUUCAUGUGGGUGUUGAUUAGUAUUUAUCAAGGCGGUGUGAUAAUGUACGGAGCGCUGAUUUUGUUCGAGGACGAGUUCAUACACAUCGUAGCGAUUAGUUUUUCUGCACUUAUCCUGACCGAACUAAUCAUGGUGGCGCUAACUAUCAGAACGUGGCACAAAUUGAUGGUACUGGCAGAACUCUUCAGCCUGGUGCUCUACAUAUUCUCAUUAGCCGUAUUGCACGAGUACUUCGACUGGGAGUUUAUCUGGUCGUGGGAAUUCCUGUGGAAGGUCCUAGUGAUAACACUCGUCUCGUGUCUACCGUUGUACAUUUUGAAAUUCCUGCGGAAGAAAUUCUCGCCGCCGUCAUAUUCUAAGCUGACUUAAGCUGUGGGCUUUGCGCAGAAUAACAACAGAUUAAGAAAAUACGCUUCUGACACACAAAAUUUUUACUCUCGAUUUACACCAAAAGAAGCCAACAAUGGAACACAUAUAGCUAUUAUGCCGGGUGGUUUUCACUACUAUAUCACUGAUCAUUUAUUCGCGAUUUUAGUCAAUUUGUUCCCGUACGAUUGUUAGACAAAUUUUAUUUUCGAUUGUGACACAGAAAAAUCCUCAUCGGGGAAAUGCCUAAAUGUUAAACUUCUUAAUGUUGUGUAUUUUCGUUUGGUCCACAUCGUCAGUAUAUUCUGAUUAUUAAAUAGUUUCGUUCGAUGAUUUGUGAUUUGUCCUUAAGAAAUAAUAAUCGUGAUAUUUUAAACAACUGCAUUAAACUAAGUAGUUUCAUUCAUGUUCUUACAAAAAAAAAAUCAUUUUUUUUUUCUCAAUCACCAAAAGUACGCAUAACUUUUAUACAAUCAGGAAAAAUCAGAGAAAAUAGAGGAGAGAAAAAAAUUUGAAGUCGAUUUCCAGGUGAAGCAACUAACAUUAAUUCAACAUAGUUAAUUAUGAAUCCAACAAAUCGUUAACCUAGUGUUUUAUAAGAAUGAAAACGAUCAAUAUUUAUUCGUGUGACGUUGAAGAAAGCAUUUCAGUUAGAAAAGCUUACCGACAGGUGUGAACCAAUCGGUAGGAGGUUUGUCGAGCAGCGAAAACGAACUUAUGAAUGACAGAGAAUAGACUACUGACUAUUAUUAACUGGAAAAUAACAAUAAAGAAAACUUUUACUGAAUCAAUUUAUUAAAA